CGUCUUUUCUGACAGUACAGUUUCGGCUGCGGACGGAAAUAACCGCGACCGGGCCGUCCCGACGCCCGCGUCCUGCCCUCGUACUAUGAAUACGCGGUGCCCUCUUAGAAAAGCGAAUAUAAAUAUUUAGUGUUGGAGUGAUAUAAGACUCAAAUCUACAUGUGGAAAAGCAUUUGUGGUGCGCUCGGGACUGAUCUGCGCACACUUUCGCAAUGUGGGACUGUGAAAGAGCAUGUAUGUAAUAUUUCCGGCUGAUGAAGUAGUCUAUUUAUCAUACGGUCGUCUUAUAUACGUUCCUAAAGCACAAGGAGACAGUAGUCAACCUGAAACUUUACCUACAGCUACCCCACACACCCAGCCAGCACAAGAGAAUAGUCCCAAUCCAAGCGUUCCAUCAACGAGUACAAGUUCAAGUAAAAGUUUUCACGCGGUUACUAGCGCGCCGAUCCUAAGCAGUCAUUCGGAGGAUUUGCAUUUGAGAAGAGGUGGAGUGGAAACCCUCCAAAGUAGCGUCAAAUCAAACCAAUCCUGGCCACAACCUUCGACCAGUCAACCGAAAACCCAAGCUGCCACAAGACCACCGCGCCAGAAGAAGAAACCGCCGCCCUUAAAGAUAAUCGAGCCGGCUGUAGACAAAGGCUUCGAUUUUCUGCAGCUGCCGUUCAGGAAAAGCAAAUCGAAAUCGCCCUCGCUUGAGAAACAGUCGAGCGAUACCACCAAAGUGAGUAAAAACACGAAAAACCUAGUGCGCGAGAACACUCCGGUGAACAGUGAUCGUGCUAAAAAAGAGUGGGAAUUUACAAGUGAACAAUACCGACCAUUGCACAAUUCAAAAGGAAACAAGGGAUUUAUUUUAAAGACAGAAUCAAGGUUGCAGUCGACAAGUCCACAACAGCUAACGCCAGGUGAAGAAAAGUUAUCACCCGUAAAGAAGAAUUUCUUUGGAAGUUUAAGAGGCAGAAGGACGGCUGCGAAAAUGGCGGGCGUAGAUUCACCGCUAAGGGAUCUGACACAUCCGUCGUAUAACGAGGCCCUCAAGGCGCAUAAUGCGGUGACUUUUAAGCUCGUCAGAACCGCCUUUCCUUCCAAUUAAACCGUCCGCAUAAAAGUCCUACAGUGGGCAAAUUUAUCAUUCAACAAUGAAGACCGAGCUAAGACUUUGCCUUUUCGCAGCACUCUCUCAGCUUAUACAGUGUACAUUUUUCGAUUCCGCCGAUGUGAUAUGUAGUCAAAAACUGAAGGUGUCCAUGGAGCUCUUCGAUAGUUGGUUUCAUACCACCACCCUCGAGAUUGGCGACGUUCACGAUAGGUUAAUAGAUGACUACAUGGUAUGUUGGAUGCAGGAGAGGAAAUUUACGGAUAACAAAGGGGAAAUUAACUACGACGCUCUUUAUGAGUGGGUCCGCAAAGAUGUCUACCGCUACUUCGGUAAGGACAUAACGACUCAUCCUUUAGAGGAAAGGAAAGAGAUCGCCGCGAAGAUUAUACCGGAGUGUCAAGCCGAAGUUGGAUUUGAUCAGUAUAUCAAUGGCAAGGAGAUUGGUGCCUAUAAUUGUAUUGCUAGCAGAAUUGGGAAGCUUUGAACUAGUUUUUGCAUAGCUUUUUAGGCAACCACAGUAUAAUGAAGCAAAUUUGUUUAGUAGUUGUGUAUUUAUAGUGUCUUAAUGCGUGUUGAAUAAUUGAAUCAUAUUUGCAAAACA